AAUCACUUACACACCUACAAUUGAACUUAAACACAAUACAUGUACAUCCGCUACACGGCAUGCAAAUGUCCCUCUUGAAGUGAAAUGUUUUUUUACUGCACUUAUUUAUUUAUUAGGUUAACGUUGGUAAAAUCAUUACAACAAGUGUUCCAUCCACAAAAUGCCUUAGGUUUGGGGGUUCGGUUUCAGUGGAGAGCCAUGACGACAACGGAAGUAACUAGCAAAAUGUUGAAAAUUAAUUUGGAUGUCAUUUGAAGGCUUGCUUAGGCAUCGACCUAAGAUUGAGCCAAGGUUCGCACCAAUGACUGUUUUACUCUAAGGCAAACAAACAAAUACAAAGAAGAUUUUAGCAAAAUUUCUAUACAGCGUCGCCUAUCAGCUUCACGGUGGGUCGUAUACGCAUCACUGCCUUUUGUCUGCCUAGACACUCACCAGACGCACGCUGGUCGAGCUAGUGAGAAUAGGUGGAAGUCGGAGCGAUACCGCUCUUAAUUUUAUGAGUGAUACAUCAUCGAAUAAAGAGGAAUAUAACGUCAGUCUUGGGUUGGAUUUUCAACUUGAACAGUAAUAAUGUGCAACCAAUGCUGUCUUUCCCAGCUGGCCUGCUGUUGUGGCACAGCGGCCUGUUCGCUAUGCUGCGGCUGCUGCCCCAAGAUAAAGCAGUCCACUGGCACACGCUUCAUGUACGCACUGUACUUCAUGCUGGUCACCGUCAUCUGCGUCGUCAUGAUGUCACCGACCGUGGAAAAGGAGAUGCAGGAACAUAUCCCAUUCUACAGCGACAUGUGUGACAAGCUGAGCGCCGGGGAGAACUGCAAGGACCUGGUGGGCUACUCGGCUGUCUACAAGGUCUGCUUCGGCAUGGCUUGCUUCUUUUUCUUCUUCUGCAUCUUCACCAUACGCGUGCAGUCCAGUACGGACUGCCGGGCGGCCAUUCACAACGGGUUCUGGUGCUUCAAAUUUGUGGCUCUGCUGGCCUGCUGUGCAGGAGGAUUCUUUCUUCCAAAUCAAGAAACCUUUCUUGAAGUGUGGCGCUACGUGGGGGCAGUCGGAGGCUUUUUCUUCCUCCUCAUCCAGCUCAUGCUCCUGGUGGAGUUCGCCCAUCGCUGGAACCAAAACUGGACGUCGGGGGUGAAGUACAACAAGCUGUGGUACGCGGCGCUGGCCCUGGUCACGCUGCUGCUCUUCACGGUGGCGGUGGCCGCCCUGGUCUUCAUGGCCCUCUUCUACACGCACUCAGAGGCCUGCUACCUCAACAAGAUCUUCCUGGGCAUCAACGGCUCCCUCUGCCUCCUCGUCUCCCUGCUGGCCAUCUCGCCCUGCAUCCAGUCCAUUCAGCCCAUGUCUGGCCUGUUGCAGCCUGGUGUUAUCAGUGUGUAUGUCAUGUACCUGACCUUCUCGGCCCUCUCCAGCAAACCCAUUGAAAUGGUGGAGGAGAACGGCGUCAACGUCACCGUCUGCGUCUUCCCCUACAGCUCGGGCGAUGAGAGUGGUAAGAGGAUAGCCACAGGAGUGGGCACCGUCAUCCUCUUCUGCUGCAUCUUGUACUCAUGCUUGACUUCAACCACCAGAAGGAGCUCCACAGCUCUGCGGGUGUACAGGCCCUCUGUUCAAGAGAAUGAGAGAGCUCGCUGUUGUUUCUGCUGGGGGGACGACUCAGAUGAGUUUGAGGAGGAGGAGAAGAAGACCGGAGGGGGUCAGGACGUCAUGUACGACGAGAGGGACGGCACCAUCUACAGCUACGCCUACUUCCACUUCGUCUUCUUCCUGGGCUCCCUCUACGUCAUGAUGACCGUCACAAACUGGUUCCAUUACGACAACGCCAAGAUUGAGAAGCUGCUGGACGGGAGCUGGUCUGUCUUCUGGAUUAAGAUGGCCUCCAGCUGGGUCUGCCUCCUGCUCUACAUGGGGACCCUGGUGGCCCCCAUGCUCUGUCCAAAGAGGUUUGAGGCUUAAAACCAGCAACCCCCCCACCCUACUGUCCCCUACCCAAGGUGGCACACACAAACUCACACACACACACACAGACUCACCACCUCAGUAGUUUGAGUUUUGUUAUUGCUGUUGGGUUUUUAUCUUUUUUUUUAUUGUGUUUACAAAAUGAGUUGCUUUCAUUCAAUAUUUUUUUUUCUCUGUAUAUGUGUCAAGGGAAAGCUAUUGAUGCCUUAAAGCCCCCUUUGAUCUGUUUUAUUUUUUUUAGUUUGUUUGUUUUCUGUGUCUUUAUAAAUCAUGGAGUUUUGUUACUGUUGCGUUCAUCGUGGUCACAGUGAACACCUUGACCAUUUGUCAGUCAGAAAUGUAUAUAAAAGUCUGUUUUAUUUUAAUUAAGAACAAAUACCCGGAUUCCAUUCCAAGAAACAUUUUGCUCAGGCUCAUAAAGCACCUGUAAGUGUCUUGCUUGUUACAUUGCAUCCUCUUUGUUAGAUUAAGUAUUCUAUGCAAUUAAAGUAGGCUAUUGUUGCGUUUUUAUUUCUUUUUUGGCUUGUCUCAAAAUUCUCAUUUCUGUGCAUUGUUCACAGAGCUUAUUCUUGUUUUCCUCUUUAAGACUCAGUUGGACACCAGGAAAAUACGCUUUGUAAUUACACAGAAGUUUUCCAAAUAUGUCACAUAUUGACCUAAGAUCUAUGUAAAUAUAAAUGUAAAUCACAGGGCCAAUGUGUCUUGUUUUCUUUUGUUCUAGUUUUACAUUUUUUUUAUUAUCAGGACAGAAGAAAUCAAUUUUUGUCAGUAAUUGUUGUUGGGUCAGGAAAGAGGCAUGUCGUGUCGUGGGAAAGCUUAAUCUCAGGAUAUGAGGUUUUGGAAACUGAAUUUAAAGAAGAUUUAGCUGGUUUAAAGGACAUGGAGCGAAGUUCAGGUUUGUUACAAUACAGCUUUUAGAGUCCAAAUAUGAUGUUUUCAUUAUUGGUGAAGAUGCAUCAUCUUAACCGAAUCACCUCUGAUUAUACCAUCAUCUAGACGCAUGGUGACUUCUCAGCAUUCAUGCCAAAUACUGGAUGCAGCCCUCUAAAUGCAUUCAAGAUCUCAGUCUUUAGAAGGAUAGGAACGUGCCAAAGCUAGAACCUAAGGGGUUAAAUUGAGUCAUGUCCAGGCUAAUGCAGAGCAUUGCUGACUCAUACGGUAACAGAAGCUACUAAGAAACAGCAAUGGAACAAUGGAAUUGUAUAGGUAUUAAAAACUAUUUCUAUUUAAUAAUCAGUUUCGUUGCAAUCAGAAGUGCUUCUUACCAGCCCAUGUUUAGUAAGUUUGUCUUUGUUUUCCCUUUAAUUACCAUUCAAAGAUGUCAAAAAAGAUGUUUUUGAUCAAAUGUUGAUCUUCCAUACUAGAGGAGCUUUCUCACAUUCAAUUUUGUAAUUCUAUCUGAUUGUCAUUCAAGACGUCCUGAUGAUCACAUCAUAGAUUAGACGGUGAGCUAUUGUUACAGUAUAUGUCAUAUUUAGAUACUAAUAAAAACUCUUUGUACAGUCAGUUUCUCAGAUCCAAAACCAGCAGUUGCAAUUACACUUUCCAUCUUUCCAUCUUAUGGACAUGAUAAUAAUGCACUUUUUUUCUAUCUUUCAUACUGGCAUUUUACAAUUAUAGAAAUCAGAUGUAUUCCUGAUGCUUAGUCUGCAGCUGUAUUAAGGCACAUGUAGCAUGUUUUCUACGAACUAACAUUACUGGUUAGUAUGGCAACCUCUGUAUGGCCAUCUGUCACAGUCUAACACAGAUACAGAAACUGGAAACUUUUAUCCUGUGUUUUUUUAACGUCUUUUUUUUUUACUUUAACAAACUUAUUUAACAUAGAGGAAAGCGUCAGAGAUGUAUAAUAUAGACUAAUUGAUUAGCAUUUAAAUUAAAGCUUAAUUUGAAGUCUUGCAAUAAUGUGCAAUUCUUUAUACAGAACAUCAGUUCUGAGGGUCACAUGUCUGAAGCUAAUAAAAGAGUAUGCUAGUUCCAUCCCUUUAAUAAUCUCUGUGGGUUGGUUUCAUUUGCGGUGGGUAUGACUGGACUACUUGUUUGCUUUUUGCCUUUGAAGAUGAGACAAUAGUAAGAUGUGGGGAAAAAAUGAUCUAAUUCACCUUGAAGGCUCCUAAUCUUGUCUAACCUCAUUUGACAUCAUGAUGAUAGAUGUGUCACUGUGUAAGGGAAUGACAUUUUCCAGCGGCUUCAGAUUACAAAUUUUAACACUGUAUAUUUCUUUUCCUCUUAUAUCAACAGUCAAAGUUCCCCCAGUCUAAUGAGGAUUAUUAAUCAGCUGCCAUAGAUUUAGGUUUGACACUAAAACCACCUACUAUUCAUUAUUAUACCCAAUGAGAGUUGUGAACUGACAUGUUGCUCACCAUUGUUUUUGUAAUGCUGAUAAGUAUGUGUUUUUCCUGGUUUCUGUGUUUACUUUCAUUGUGUGUCUCAAGUAAAUGUUUCUAGGUCAAAUUCUUGAAAAAGAACAUACCAACUGUAUUCUAAAGGAAACCACUAGGGGUGCUAAAACUGCACAAUCAAUCGAGAGGGUAUCAAUUUGUUAUGCGUGUACAUUUUAUAUGUGCAUCGGAAUGGAACAUGGUUGUUUUGUGUCAAAGGCAUCAUCGUUGUUAUCCAGUUGUGAAAUGACAAAAAAACUAACCUACAAAUUAUAGAUAGGUUUAAAAGUACAAAAGCUAUUUGUGUUCAUGUUUUAGAUCAUAUUGUUGUUAUUAUUGUUUUUAAAAUAAUUUUCUUAUACAAAUAAAUGAGUAUUGGUAGUGAAAUACCAUCUGUGUGAGUUAAGAGUGAGGUGCUGAGAAGUGUGGCUGAGACCAUCUGUACUGCCAUGAAUGAGCCUUACAUCAUGAAGUACAAACUCCUAUCCUGCUUUGAAAUCAGUUUUUCAGUUGUCUUUUUAAUGAUUAAAUAUAAAAUCUAAAUGUAAA